CUUUGUUCUCAUCUCGUUUUAGGGAGAAGGCCAGAGUCCCAUGUCCGCAAAUCCAUUUGUUUCUGCCCCCUUUUGCGACGACAGGAGGUGAGAGCUACAGAUUUACGCACCUUCCAGGGGCCACUCUGUGUUUUGUAAUUCCCGUCAUUUAUUUAUGACCGCCGAAGACUCUCUCGCCUUCCCCUCAGUCCCCUUUCUGUUCAAAUUUCCUGCAAUUUGCGUUUAUUUUAUGGAUGGAUUAGGAGAACCCAUUAAUUCUCAUUGACGAUUUUCUUCAAUUCUGGGAGCUGGGUCUUCGUCACAUUUGCUGGUUUCGGCAACUGGGUCUUUGACUCUUUGUAAUAUUUGCUGGCUUCGCUUUCUUAGUGACUCGGGAAGAUGUAGUUUCUUUCCUCAAUUCUGUAACUGAUUUUGAGAGAUGGAUGGUUGGUUUUAAUUGCUGAAUAUUGAGUUAAGGGUGGCUACUUUAUAGUCAUUUUUCCCCCAUUAUCUUUUCCUAUUUUGUUCAUGUUUAGUUUCAAAUCCUCUGAUAUUCAUUGGUUAAUCAAAUAUCUUCAUCUUCUGUUACCUUCAUUCUCCAAAGUUUUAGCUAAUUCUUGCUGUGCCAUGGGGCCUUGGGGGUUCUUCCUUUUCAUGGGCUACAUGUGUUUGUUCAUUGUCUUUCUAUCAGACUGUCUGGCUAGCAUUCAAAUAAUUGGCAGGAUUUAUCCCGGGUUGCAAGGAUCUCAAAUGAAUUGGAUCGAUAACAAUGGAUUGUUUCUCUUGUCAAACAAUUCAAAUUUCGGUUUCGGCUUCGCCCCUACCCAAGAUGCCACCUUCUAUCUAUUAGUCAUCGUUCAUAUGGAUAGAUCAACAGUAGUCUGGUCUGCAAAUAGAGGUUCGCCGGUUCAGAACUCUGACAUGUUCGUCUUCAAUAAAAGUGGGAAUGCAUUCUUAGAGAUGGGGGGAAGAAUAGUUUGGUCUACAGAUACUUCCGGCAAGGGAGUUUCUGCAAUGGAAUUGCAGGACUCAGGGAAUUUGGUUUUGAUUGGGAAUGACAGUAGCAUAAUUUGGCAGAGCUUUAAGCACCCCACCAACACCCUUCUGUCAAACCAAGAGUUCGCCGAAGGAAUGAAGCUCGUCAGCGACCCCAAUCCCAAUAACUUUAGCUAUUUUCUCGAAAUCAAGUCUGGCGAUAUGAUUCUCUAUGUCGAUUUUGAAACUCCGCAGCCUUAUUGGUCUAUGGGGAAGGAAAAUCGGAAAAUCAUCAACCAGCAAGGUGGAGUCGUUACUUCAGCGUCUCUUAGUAACAAUUCAUGGAGAUUUUAUGAUCAAAACAAAGUCUUACUGUGGCAGUUUGUUUUCUCAGAUGAAUCCAAUCCCAAUGCAACUUGGGUUGCAGUACUAGGAACCGAUGGGUUUCUCUCCUUCAGCGAUCUCCAAAUGGGCGGAUCAAGUGUUUCUUCUCAAACAAAAAUACCAAAUGACCCGUGCAGCACCCCACUGCCUUGUGAUGUAUAUUAUGUUUGUUCCAGUAACAACAUGUGCCAAUGUCCUUCUGUGCUUAACUCUAUUUCAAGUUGCAAUCCUGGGAUUGUCUCUCCAUGUAACCAGUCGAAGGGUUCAACAGAGCUUGUAAAUGCUGGUCAAGGGCUCAACUAUUUUGCACUUGGGUUUGUUCCGCCCACUUCAAGAACUGACUUAAGUGGUUGCAAAGCCUCUUGUCUUGAGAACUGCUCAUGCAUCGCUUUGUUCUUUGAGAUCGGUUCGGGGAAUUGUUUUCUGUUUGACAGAAUAGGAAGCUUGCAAAUUUCUGAGAAGGGCACAGGUGUUGCUUCAUACAUUAAGAUCAUGAGCAAUGGAAGCAAUGGAGAGACGCAGCAUGGAAGCAGCCAGAAUCGUUUCGCAUUUGUUGUGAUUAUAGCUAUUUCAACAGUUCUUGUUAUUAUUGGUCUGCUUUAUAUUGGAUUUCGAUACUACCAGAAAAGGCAUGAAUUGCCGGAGUCCCCACACGAAAAUUCAGAGGAGGAUAAUUUCUUGCAAAAUCUAUCUGGGAUGCCUAUCCGUUUUAGUUAUGCCGAUCUUCAAACUGCGACAAAUAACUUCUCCGUGAAGCUUGGGCAAGGAGGAUUUGGGUCAGUUUAUGAAGGGGUACUUCCAGAUGGAACUCAACUGGCUGUGAAGAAACUGGAAGGCAUUGGUCAAGGAAAGAAAGAGUUCCGGGCUGAAGUUAGCAUCAUUGGCAGCAUCCAUCAUCUUCACUUGGUCAGGCUCAAAGGCUUUUGUGCUGAAGGAACGCAUCGACUUCUUGCUUACGAGUACAUGGCAAAAGGGUCUUUGGAUAAAUGGAUUUUCAAGAAACACAGUGAUGAUUUCUUGCUGGACUGGGAUAUAAGAUUCAAUAUAGCAUUGGGCACAGCAAAGGGACUUGCCUAUCUUCAUGAAGAUUGUGAUUCAAAGAUUGUUCAUUGUGACAUAAAACCAGAAAAUGUGCUCCUUGAUGAUAAUUUCCUUUCUAAAGUCUCAGAUUUCGGCUUGGCCAAGCUGAUGACCCGGGAGCAAAGCCAUGUUUUCACAACACUUAGGGGCACGAGAGGGUACCUUGCGCCGGAAUGGAUCACAAACUAUGCCAUAUCCGAGAAGAGUGAUGUUUACAGCUACGGGAUGUUGUUGCUCGAGAUAAUUGGGGGGAGAAAAAACUUUGAUCCCACAGAAGGCUCAGAGAAAGCCCAUUUCCCAUCCUAUGCUUUUAAGAUGUUGGAAGAAGGGAAACUGAGAACCAUCCUUGAUUUGAAGCUGAAUGUGGAUGAAUCAGAUGAGAGGGUUUCCACUGCAAUUAGAGCAGCAUUGUGGUGCAUACAGGAAGAUAUGCAUGUUAGGCCAUCAAUGACUAAAGUGGUUCAAAUGCUUGAAGGUCUCUGUGAUGUUCCCCAGCCACCUACUUCUUCUCAACUGGGUUCCCGCCUUUAUUCGAAUUUCUUCAAGUCAAUCAGCGAGGGGGGAACUUCAUCAGGGCCAUCAGAUUGCAAUAGCGAUACACAUAUAUCUGCCAUGCGACUUUCAGGGCCGAGAUGACAGAUGCUAAGGAUGGAAAGCAUUUGUGCAGAUCCUUAGCCUCCACGGAAGUGGAUGAGUAGUUUUGGAUGCAAACUGGGUUUUGCAUUUUGUUUUGGUUUUUUUUUUUUUUCCUGUAGAGUUUUAGAUCUAAUGUGCCAUAUAUCUUCAUAUUGUAAUAGCAGCCACCAUAAAAGUCUCAUCAUUUGCUUAUGGUUCCUGCUUGCUCUGUCAAUAAAGAAAGCUAACCAUGGUUCUGUACA